AUGUGCGAAGGUGCAGAGGUGCGGUGUAGCAAUGACAUCCUCAGUGCAGGGCAAGCCCACAUGUCCCCUGCCUGUGUGGCAGUGGCAGAGUGGCCGUGCCGCCUGUCUCGUUUUGUGGUCCGACUGCUGCCUGCUGUUAGCAUGGCUUGUUUGCCAGAGGCAGAGCUGAGCUGGGAGUAUCAAACUCCUUUCUCUCUCUUUCUUUUUUUAAAGGCAUCGCUGCUCCGGAGGUUUCAGAGUACAUUAGUCAUAGCAGAACACAACAAUGAGACUCUUACACCCAUUACAUUAAAUGCUAUCACUGCAGCAAAACGUCUUGGAGGUGAAGUUUCUUGUUUAGUAGCUGGGACCAGCUGUGACAAGGUAGCACAAGAACUCAGCAAAGUGCAGGGUGUUGCAAAAGUUCUAGUGGCUCAGCAUGAUGCGUACAAGGGAUUUCUAGCAGAGGAGCUGACUCCACUGAUUUUGGAAACUCAUAAAAAAUUUAAUUACACCCACAUUUGUGCCGGAGCAUCUGCCUUUGGGAAGAAUCUGAUUCCCAGAGUGGCUGGCAAACUCGAUGUUGCCCCUGUUUCUGACAUUAUUGAAAUUCAGUCACCAGACACUUUUGUGAGAACUAUCUAUGCAGGAAAUAUUCUUUGCACUGUGCAGUGUGAUGAAGCGAUUAAAAUAUUUACCGUACGGGGAACUUCUUUUGAGGCUGCACCAACAAGUGGUGGUAGUGCCAGUUUAGAAAAGCUAACCCCUCCACCGCCUGUUGGUCUGUCUGAAUGGAUUGAGCAGAAGUUGACAAAAAGCGAUCGGCCAGAGCUUACUAGUGCAAAAGUGGUUGUGUCGGGUGGGAGAGGCUUGAAGAGUGGUGAAAACUUUAAGUUGUUGUAUGAUCUCGCGGAUCAGUUGCAUGCUGCAGUUGGAGCUUCCCGUGCAGCUGUUGAUGCUGGCUUUGUUCCUAAUGACAUGCAAGUUGGACAGACGGGCAAAAUAGUAGCACCAGAACUUUAUAUUGCCGUGGGAAUAUCUGGAGCAAUCCAACACUUGGCUGGGAUGAAAGACAGCAAGACCAUUGUUGCCAUUAACAAGGAUCCAGAAGCUCCAAUUUUCCAAGUGGCAGACUAUGGACUGGUGGCAGACUUAUUCCAGGCGGUGCCAGAGAUGACGGAGCUCCUGAAGAAGAAGUGA